UCCCUGGAGCAUCUGGAGAGGCAAGCGCUGCUGGCCACCCGGACUGGACCGUCGCAGCAGGCGGCUGCCACAUAACCUUCCCCAUCCCCCGACCCCACAGCUCUACGGAGGCGGCCUCGGUGCUGACCGACGACUCCCAGGGUCUGGCCAUUGCAGAAGCUUUUCUAGCAGCAACCUCUGACUACGACAUGGCUGAGAUCACCAAUAUCCGACCUAGCUUUGAUGUGUCACCGGUGGUGGCUGGCCUCAUUGGGGCCUCUGUGCUGGUGGUGUGUGUUUCAGUGACUGUCUUUGUCUGGACGUGCUGCCACCAACAGGCAGAGAAGAAGCACAAGAACCCACCGUACAAGUUCAUUCACAUGCUCAAAGGCAUCAGCAUAUACCCUGAGACCCUCAGCAACAAGAAGAAAAUCAUCAAAGUGCGAAGAGAAAAAGAUGGCCCUGGAAGGGAAGGUGGCCGUGGGAAUCUGUUGGUGGAUGCGGCAGAGGCCGGCCUGCUAGGUAGAGCCGAGGGUCCCAGUGGGCCCAGCUCUGCCUCUUGUAUAGACCACUUACCUAUCAAAACAGACUAUGGGGAAGAACUGAGAAGUCCCCUUACAAGCCUGACCCCUGGGGAGAGCAAAACCACAUCUCCGUCAUCUCCAGAGGAGGAUGUCACACUAGGGUCCCUCACCUUCUCAGUGGACUACAACUUCCCGAAAAAAGCCCUGGUGGUAACAAUCCAGGAAGCCCAUGGACUGCCAGUGAUGGAUGACCAGACCCAGGGCUCUGACCCCUACAUCAAAAUGACCAUCCUGCCUGACAAACGGCACCGGGUGAAGACCAGAGUGCUGCGCAAGACCCUGGACCCCGUGUUUGAUGAGACCUUCACCUUCUACGGCAUCCCCUACAGCCAGCUGCAGGACCUGGUACUGCACUUCCUCGUCCUCAGCUUUGACCGCUUCUCCCGGGAUGAUGUCAUUGGGGAGGUCAUGGUGCCAUUGGCUGGGGUGGACCCCAGCACGGGCAAGGUACAGCUGACCAGGGACAUCAUCAAGAGGAACAUCCAGAAGUGCAUUAGCAGAGGGGAGCUCCAGGUGUCUCUGUCCUAUCAGCCGGUGGCACAGAGAAUGACAGUGGUGGUCCUCAAAGCCAGACACCUGCCGAAGAUGGACAUCACCGGUCUCUCAGGUAAUCCGUAUGUCAAGGUGAACGUCUACUACGGCAGAAAGCGCAUCGCCAAGAAGAAAACCCACGUGAAGAAGUGCACUUUGAACCCCGUCUUCAAUGAGUCCUUCAUCUACGAUAUCCCCACCGACCUCCUGCCUGAGAUCAGCAUCGAGUUCCUUGUCAUCGACUUCGAUCGCACCACCAAGAACGAGGUGGUGGGCAGGCUGAUCCUGGGGGCACACAGUGUCACGGCCUGUGGCGCUGAACACUGGAGGGAGGUGUGCGAGAGCCCGCGCAAGCCUGUGGCCAAGUGGCACAGUCUGAGCGAGUACUAACCCUGGUCCUCUCAUUGCUAACCACUCCCACCCCACCCCGGGGGGCCAGGCUGGGGAGGGACGUGGCAGAGAUGAGGUGACAGCGAAGCGGACUCCAAAACCUCAUUUUAGUUGUAGAAGAAAAUUUCUUAACAAAACACACCCCUACAAAGAACCUCCCACCCACAGGACCUCAGCUGCAGAUCAGCUCUUAGCAAUGAUAUUUUUUUUUUCUCCUUUGCAAAGCAUUUAGAAAUUCUUCUUUAAAAAAUGGGGGGGGGGACACAAGGAGAGGAAGUGACCUCUACCAGUCUAUAUAUAACAAUGUAACCUUAUGCUUGCAUGUUGUAAUACAAACUCAAGAAAUUAGCCUAACUGCCAAUGUCAAGUUGCAGAUUUUAAUCCAUGAAAACUGUGUUCUGUGCCGAAUUGUAUUUGCUAAUCACUUGAAAUUGGCCUCAUUAAAAAAAAAGAAAGAAAGAAAGAAAGAAAGAAGAGCAAAAGCAAAAACUGGGCUUCUCUGGAGAAUUACUCCCACUCCCCACCUUGGUUGAAGAAAACUUCGUCCUUAUCCAACCUGGUUUUCAUCACUCCCAUCUGUUCUCCCUUUUAUCCCUGACUGAGUUCGAGGUCCAGAGGUCUGCAGUAAGGAAAGAGACAGAAGUCAGAUGGACAAGGCAGGGUGUGAGGGAGAAGGAGUUCUUGAGAAACAGGACACUUGAACUGGCAGCCUUCUUGCCACACAGCAGCCAAGACUUAGUGAAUAGAACGUGGAGUUGCCAGAGCAGAUACUUCUCUAAGAGGAGUUUUGGAAACUCCAGAUUCAGCUGUAAGACGGCACUGAUGAACACAUUCUACUGAUUCCAGGUGCUGUUGGCAGGGGUGAGAACAAGGAGAGAAAGGAGACAAUGACCAGCCCCCCUUGGUCGCUGUUCUUGGGCAUGAGCCAUUUCUUGGCAGGUGAAUUGGAAGUCACCAAGAGGCUGAAGCAUCCCACUGGCCAUUGAACACGCUAAACCCCACAGAACUGCAGAGUUUCUUUGGGUGGCUGAGAUGUGGGAAUGAGUUGGUGGUCUUGCUUCCUAAGGAUAAUUUCCUGGAAGUUUUCAAUAAUGCCUCUUCUCACACACACACAGUGACUAAUUGGGUACUAAGGGAACUUGAAUGCUUUCUGGAUAGCCUUUUCCUCCAAACCGGAGUGUGUAGUUCUUGCAACUGAGAAAGCUCCGGCCCCUGGUGGUAGGAGGCAUGGCGAAGCAGUGUGCCCUCCUCUUCAGUGCCUGGGUUGCUCAGGUGCAGAGAGAUUCUACUUGCUGCUGCUGUUAGGAUGCUGGUCUCCUGCGCCUGGUAGGGCCUUGUCUCCCAUGUUGAGGCCGUUCAGAUGACAGAGGCAAAUAAGCUUCAUCCAGGACCUGACUGGUGACUAGGAUGGAAGAGUGAUGGCGGUCUUGCCUCUGGAGUUCCCCUAACACUUGUCAUGCAAAACCCAUCUGCUCCCCCCACGCCCCUACUCCUAGUCCUUCUGGGGUUUUGUUGUUGUUUGAAGCCAGAUUUCUUGACAAUGCAGGAUAGUUCCGGGCGGGCACAAAACCUGCUGUCUGGGUCUGUCCCCGUCUGCCCUUUAUCUCCCAGAAUGCAGCUCACCAUCUCACCACCAGCCCUGCGCGCAGCCCCUAGGCUCUGUCCUGGAACCCAUGGGAUGUAAAUACUGUAUCAUACGUAGCAGAAAAGCAUUUUUUUUUUCUUUUGGUUUCCUAAGAACUGCAGUUUGAGAUGGUUGUGAUGUGAAUCUGACAGGAGAUUCUGAAGCCCCCUUGGGAAGUGGUUGCCACAGCUCCUCUUCAUCGCCUUAAUGUUGAAAGAUCAGAAAUGCUGGAGCAGCCUGCCUGGGUUUCCUUUCCCAGAAACAAUGCCAAGCAACAGGUGCAGAUGCUCCCUCUGGUCUUUGCCCUGUUCCGUGUGCCUCUGUAGUUCCUGCUGACCCAAAUCAGGGGGUGGAGGGUGGGGGAACAGCCUCACCUCGCUGCCCUCUCUCCCCUUCUCCUGGUAGCUUUAUUCCUUGCAUUCUUUGGGUCUGCUGAGCCAGGGGUGGUGGGGUGAGGUAGCAGGGGUCCUGUAGCCGAGGAGCCUAUUCAGUCUUUGCCAGAAAAAAAAAAAAAGUACAGGGUUCCUCCCUCCUACCUCAGGCCUGAUCUAUCACACCCUGGACUUUGCUGUCCCCAGUUUCUUAUCUGACUUUGGCUUCUGACGUGUGUGCUUUCCAGCGAUAACUGGUCAGCGGAGGAGGAGGGAGAGUGCCCUCUCCUAAGGAUCUGUUUAGAAGACAAGAGAGUCACAGCCUAGCUUUUGCACAAGGCACUUGUGGUCAGGAAUAUAGGUUAGGGAAUGAUCACUUCUGAUUUUCCAAGAGUCAGUCCUUCUUUGCAGAGGUCUCAGCUCCUUUGUCUCCCUGCGUGAUACUGCUUCCGGGGCACAGCUGAGAUGUGUGCGUCUCCAAACCAUAUGCUAGAGGGGACAGCGGCUCAGCGCAGGAGGGAGGAUAGGAUGGGGCAGGGUCGGGGGGCUUGCUCAGGAAAGGGGGGAAUGAGGCCGGUCGUUGUUUGUUUUCCAGGAAGGCUUUUACUAUGGCCGUGACCGUGACAUUGCCCCUCACCUUGAUCCCUCUCUGAAGUGGUCGUCUUUCUUUCCCUUAUGUCUUCUCUUGUAAAAAAUGAAAUUCAAAAUAAAUAAAUAAAUGUGUCAAAUUAAAAGAAAAACUCGAAAAAAAAAAAGCUAACAUGAAUCGUGUGAAAUUGCAUAACGCUGUAACGCUAACCUACAAUAUGUAAUGCUAUCUUGUAUGUUGAAUUUGUUAACGCACCACACAAGUGCAAAAUAAAGACUGAUUCACA